UUAAACGUGGCAGGGCGGUUUUGUUCAUUCUGUCAGAAAACCAUGGCUGCGACGGCUGGGGAUUCUCCUUCGCUCGCUGUCUCCUCUUCCCGGCCGUCGGGUGAUGCCGACUUGGGGUCCCCUCACAUAGCGGCGCUGAUCCUGGCUCGAGGCGGCAGCAAAGGAAUCCCUCUGAAGAACAUUAAGCUCCUGGCUGGCGUUCCGCUGAUUGGUUGGGUACUGAGGGCAGCGCUCGACUCCGGCGCCUUUCAGAGUGUGUGGGUUUCCACAGAUCAUGAUGAAAUUGAGAAAAUUGCCAAACAGUUUGGAGCUCAGGUCCAUCGGAGGAGUUCUGAAGUGUCCAAAGAUUCCUCUACCUCUUUGGAUACCAUUGUGGAGUUUCUCCAAUAUCACGAGGAGGUUGAUGUUGUAGGAAACAUCCAAGCAACUUCCCCAUGCCUGCACCCCAACGACCUCACCAAAGUGGUCAAAAUGAUCCGGGAGGACGGCUUUGAUUCGGUGUUUUCAGUUGUCCGGCGGCACCAGUUCAGAUGGAGUGAAAUUAAAAAAGGAGUCAGUGAAGUAACUAUCCCGCAAAAUCUGAAUCCUGCCAAGCGUCCCCGACGGCAGGACUGGGAUGGUGAACUCUAUGAAAAUGGAUCGUUUUACUUUGCCAAAAGGGCCUUAAUUGAAAAGGGAUAUUUGCAGGGUGGGAAAAUGGCCUACUACGAAAUGCGAGCUGAGCACAGUGUGGACAUCGAUGUCGACAUAGACUGGCCCAUUGCAGAGCAGCGGGUCCUAAGAUAUGGCUACUUUGGGAAAGAGACCUUAAAAGAAGUGAAGCUUCUGGUCUGUACCAUUGACGGAUGCCUCACCACCGGUCACCUCUACCUCUCUGAAGAUGGAACAGAGAUGGUUUCAUAUGACGUCAGAGAUGCUGUUGGAAUAAAUCAGCUUCAGAAAAGAGGAGUCGAGGUGCGGCUGAUCUCCGAGCGGGUCUCUUCCGCCAAGGCGCUCUUCACCUCAAAGUUGGGCUGUACCCUGGAAGUCGGGGUGAUAGACAAGCUGGGUGUCGUGGAGAAAUGGCGGAAGGCCAUGGGGCUGUGCUGGAAGGAGGUUGCGUACUUAGGAAAUGAAGACUCGGAUGUGGAGUGUCUGAAGAAAGCCAGCAUGAGUGCCGUCCCUGCCGACGCUUGUCCGGCUGCCCAGAAAGCUGCAAGCUACAUUUGUCGAUGCAGUGGCGGCCGUGGCGCAGUUCGAGAGUUCGCCGAGCACAUCCUCCUUUUAAUGGAAAAGGUGAAUUCGGCGGGAAAAAACAUGGGGUGAUCCAGCUAGGAAGUCGCCUCCCAAGCAGUGUCUCUGCUUUGUUGAUUCCGCUGGGGUGACUGUUCCCUGCUUGGCUUUUGACAUUUCCAGCAUCCAAAGGACCCCGACAGGCAGCUUUAAACUAUCCGCUUUAUUAUUUCACUGGUGACGAAAUCGUUAAUGAAUUGGCGCAGACCCAAGGUGGCAGGAAAACCCAAUAAAUCCAAAGACACGCUAUUGUCGGAGAUGUUUCCUAGAAGGCUAAAAAGUUUACAGCCCUAUUCCAUUUUUUUUUUUUUUUUUUUUUGGUCUCUUUAUUUGCCGGAGAUGUUUCCUAGAAAGCUAAAAAGUUUACAGCCCUAUUCCCUGUUUUUGUUUUUUGUUUUUUUUGUCUCUUUCUUUUAUGUUUGUUUGCUUGCUUUUUUUUUUUGCAGCCUGAUCAUUUAGGCAAAAAUAACUUUGGUAAAAAUAGAAGCAAUAGGGGAAAAAAAACACUUGGGGUUUUUUACUCUGGCUACAGUGCCGUGCCGUUAUAUAAGGAAUUGAUGACCGUGAAUGGACAUCAAACGGAACUUAAUAUUUUGCCAGAGGCUGACGUCUAAGUACUGAUGACUCCUGACAGGUAGGAAUAUAUAUUCUUGAUGUUAUGUUCAAGAAGUGUUUCUCCACAACAAACUUGAUUUUAUGCUGUUACCCUAGAUUGGAUCUUCUGAGCCAGGGGUGUCAAACUCGCAACAUCACGUGAUGUGUCACAACUUUUUUUCCAUUGCCGGCAAUGGGGUGGGCGCGGUUUGGGUAUGAUGCAUCCGGCCUGUGGGCCGGCAGUUUGACACCCCUGCU